AUGCAUACACUAUGGCCUGUAAUCGAUUACAUCGGUAUGAUCCAUGAAAUGAAUGACGCAUAUAAACUUUCGCAUGGAACGUUCCACGCGGCGGUUUGCUAUGAGAAAUGUAAUGAUUUACUUGCGCAGAUUGGGGUGGGGGUUUAUUUUUAUUUUUUAAGAGCACACACCCACAUUAUCCUCGCUCUUCUCGCUUCCCCAAAAACCCCCUGUCCACCCCUCAACAUCUACAUUAUGCCUCCCUCCAAAUAA